ACGCUGAUGUCGUGUCGAGCUUACACCUCUAUCUCUCUCUCUUGUUUUUUGGCGACGUGAACUUCAGCAUCCCGCGCACUCAAGAGGCUCGUCCAAAGAAGCACCGCCCAUGACGGCUGAGGAGCAACAUGUUCCGGCGAGGGGGGCCCGGAGGAUGACGUGGGAGGACCGGGACUUCGAGUUCCCGGAGCUGCCUGUGGCGAGCCUCUCGGACAUCGACGAGUUCCUCAAAGACGGCGGCGAGAGGCCGAGGGGGAGCCUCAGCUCCGAGGAGGGUCGGGAGAUGGAGGUUUUAGAAGAUGAUGGAGAGAGAGAGGACUCUGGCAACAAUGUGGAAGAUAGCAAGAAGUUCUGGGAGACCCAGCACCAGCUUUUACAGGGUGUGUUAUGUAGGAGCACCUCGACGGAGACGAGGAUAAGGAAUGCGACGAAGGAGGCUUUGAAGGAGGUGCGGACGGCGGGGAUCCCUUGUGGCUGCCGUCCGUCGACGGCCGCCGCCGAUUGCCGUAGAUGCUUGGUGAGAGAAGUCUGUGUUCGCCUCCAGAGAGCAGGCUUCAACGCCGCCAUCUGCAAGUCCAAGUGGAGGAGCUCCUCUUACAUGCCGUCGGGAGAGCACACGUUCAUGGACGUGGUGGACGACUCAGCAAAGCCCAAGAAAGGAGAAGUCCGGGUCGUAAUAGAGUUGAACUUCAGGGCCGAGUUCGUGAUCGCGAGGGCGUGCAGCGACUACGACCGCCUAGUGCAGCGGCUGCCGGAGGUCUUCGUCGGGAAAGUCGAGCGGCUCCAAGGGGUGAUCAAGAUCUUGUGCGCGGCGGCCAAGAAGUGCAUGAAAGAGAAGAAGAUGCACAUGGGGCCGUGGCGGAAGCACAGCUACAUGCAAGCCAAGUGGCUCGGCGCGUGCGAGAGGGUGGCGCCACUCGUGCCGGCCGGGCUUUCGGCGAUCGGGUUCUUGUCCGAAGGGCGGCGGAAGCCGAGAGCGUCGAUGUUGACGCUGGAUUUGCACGAGAAGUUGUCCGACGUCCAUCGCACGGCCGUGGAAGUUGUGUGACAUAUGUAGCUAAUCGAGACGUCUUUGCUUUUGUUUUGUUUUCUAAAUGGAGUGACAGUAACCUUUUGACA